AUGGGGUCAAUGGACACCAGGUCAACCUGGACCUGGGACGACAUGGUCCAGAACAAACCUGUCGACGAGGCACGACCAAUCCGUGUCAUCUGCAUCGGUGCCGGGGCGUCAGGGAUCUGUGCUGGCAUCCGGUUUCCGCAAAAGAUCCAGAACUUGAAUCUCACCAUCUACGAAAAGAAUGCCGAUGUGGGUGGGACUUGGUUUGUGAAUAAAUAUCCGGGACUGCGAUGCGACAUACCCAGCCCGGGGUACCAGUUCACCUUCGAGAGCAACUCCCAGUGGUCAGAGUUCUACGCGUCUGGUCCUGAAAUUCAGCGGUACCUACAGAACGUUGCGAAAAAGUACGGUGUCUAUGAUUACUGCAAGUUCAAGCACCAGUUCGUCAGCGCAACGUGGCAUGAAGACGAGUGCGAGUGGGAGGUCGUCUUUGAAGACCUCGAAGCGAACAAGAAAGUCAUCGACCGGGCCGACAUCGUCGUCACUGCCACCGGUAUCCUAGACAAAUGGGACUGGCCCGACAUCGAGGGUCUGCACGAUUUCAAAGGGAAGCUCGUCCACACGGCUGACUGGGACCCUUCGAUCCAGCUACACAAGGAUUUGAGAGUCGCUUUGGUCGGGGCUGGUUCGUCUGGCGUCCAACUUCUACCCACUCUCCAGCCCUUGGUCGGACACGUAGAUCACUAUAUGAAAGGCAGAAACUGGAUUGCCCCCGUCGGCUUUGGCGGCGAAGAGAUUGCCGCGAGGGGCGAGUACGGCAAUUUCAAACAUCCCAAGGACGAACUCGAGCGCUUCCGAAACGUGCCCAACGCCUACAAGGAAUUCCGCGAGCGCAUCGAGAACUCGUUGAACCAAGCCCAACUCGCCAUCUUCACCGGGACAGAGGUGCAAAAGCAGUUCCACCAGAUGUGCUACGACUCAAUGACGGAGAAGCUCAAAGACCGACCCGACAUCCUCAACACCCUCCUGCCAGAUUUCCCCGUCGGGUGCCGGCGACUGACCCCAGGCCCGGGCUACCUCGAAGCGUGUCUCGCCGACAACGUCGACUUUAUCGGGAUGCCGAUCAAGAAGGUGCACGAGCACGGGAUCGAGACGGCCGACGGCAAGAUUCGCGAGAUUGACCUGUUGAUCUGCGCGACAGGAUAUGAUGUGUCGAGACAAGGCGAGCUUCCCUUCGUCGGCCAAGGUGGCAUCACGCUCGACGAGGUGUGGAACCCCAUCCCCGAGGCAUACCUCUCGAUAUGUCCGCCGAAAAUGCCGAAUCUGCUCAUGUUCCUUGGGCCCAACGGUGGGCCGGGGACAGGAGGCACUAUUUUCAUGAUUGAGAAUGUCUGCGACUACAUGAUCAAGAUGAUCCAGAAGGUACAGAGGGAGUAUAUUCGAUCGUUUGUGGUAAAAGAAGCCGCCAACAAAGCCUUCAGCGCCCACGUCGACCGGUACUUUGCCAAAACCGUCUUCGCGGCGCCCUGCAAGUCGUGGUACAAGCGCGGGCAACCCAAUGGACGGUUGGUGACGCCAUGGCCCGGGUCGGGCGUGCACGCGCGAAAGGCCCUGCAGGAGGUGUGCUACGAGGACUUUGACUACGAGUACCACCCGGUGACCAAGGAGAACAAGUUCGCCUGGCUCGGCGACGGGCUCACGUACGGCCAACAGUACGGGCCCAAAGCGGUCGAUUACCUGGACGACAUUGAUUAUCCCGCGGUCAAGGACGCGACCGUCGACACGGGUGUUCCUGCGGUUUGA